CAUUUGAUUUUUGUGUUUUGCCGAUAAAUGUCCAGUUUUGUAAUAGCCGGUGUUGUUUUGAAGCUUACAACAUGUUUCGUAACAUUAAUGUAUUGGGAUUGAUUAUUGACUGAAAAUGUCCGCUCAACGGGCCCUUCCACAAAGUAAAGAGGCUCUUUUAAAGUCUUAUACAACGAGAUUGAAAGAUGACGUUAAGUCAAUGCUGGAGAAUUUCGAAGAGAUUUUGAAAUUAGCUAAAGGUGAAAAUGAUACGCAAUUGUCUCGAAUGACACAAUGUGAACAGGAUACUUAUGAAAUGCAUGUGCGAGCAGCAAACAUGGUUAGAGCUGGUGAAUCUUUGAUGAAACUAGUGUCGGAUAUAAAGCAAUAUUUAAUAUUAAACGACUUUCCAUCCGUAAAUGAGGCGAUAACACAAAAUAGUAAACUAUUUAGAGCCAAGCAAGCAGAAUGUGAUCAAAAGUUAGCUUCGCUACGGGACGACAUGGCUGCCGAUCUCUACGAUUUAGAAGAAGAAUAUUACACAUCGAUAUAUAAGUAAUUCAUUUGGUAUUACAUGAUCCUGUAUAUAAAUAUGUAUAUAUUAUAUUUUUCACUGUUACACCAUAAUUUUCAGUCUAACUAUAAAUAAAAAGCAAUUUCUUGAUUAAACA